AUGCAGAACCUGGCGCCCAUUCAUCUACUCCAGAGUCGCGACGGUCCCCUCGAUCGCUGGCGAGGAGGACUUUGGGGGAUGAGUCACUCAGUUGCCCAUACUCCUCUCGAGACCUUGUUCCUUUUCCAGGAGCUCGCCCGCACCGGCAUCACCACCGAUGGCUUCGACCGAGCCGCGAAAGCUCUCGUCGAGAAUGAGCUGAUCAACACCGAUGCCUCCUACGAUGCAGCCCGUCUGACCCCAGACGCACUCCGACAGCUCUUUCUCAAUGUCUGGACCGAGGAACUGGCGACCGCCAAUGGGACAACGACCUCUCCGAAUUCUAAGAGACGCAAACUGAAUCGUCCACCCGUUCCCACCCUUAAGGAGGCAAAGCAACAGGUCGCCGAGUAUCCGGCACUCGUGGAAAGACUAUACUCCAGAUGGAGAGAUUCGGCUGUGAAGAGCAUCAGGGAACAGGAGGAACGACUCAUUGUGUUGGCUGGGGAGAUAACGUCUUUGGAUGCUGAGGAGAGAGCGGAGAAGGCGAAGGCGGCUGCAACACCGCGCCCGCCAGCUCCUAACGGUACUCAAGGGCCCAAGACAACGCCGACGCCGGUCCCGGUUCCAUCUACGCUCCCGAAUCCUGUGCAGGCCGCGGCUGCGCAACCGCAGGUCAAGCCUCCGAUGCCAGCGCCUCAUGUCGAACCACCGAGGCAAAUCAGACCCGCCCUGGCACAGAGCACAGCUCCGACGCAAACCCCAGUGCCAGUUCCGACACCGGUACCUCUGCCUCCUCAAGCUCAAAUCAAGCAACCUGCGACUACGACGCCGGUACCACCACCGGUUCCGCAACCCGUGCCUGCCAGGCGAGAUGUGGCUGCCCCUGCGGGUGCCUUCCAACAGCCGCCGCCGCCUCCGCCUCCUGCACAAGCAGCAGCGGCUGCCGGGGCAUCUCCUGCUCCUGCGAAUGCUCCAGCUUCCAAGCCGCAUCAACCUCCAAAGCCUCACAAUGGCCCUGGUCAGGUCUUGCAGCCCCCUGUUGGCGCUGGUCAACCACCAGUGAGGCCCGGGCAGUCGACAUCGCCAGUGCCUCUGCCAGCGAUUUCCCCCAGACCGGACAGUGUUUCGAAGACGCGUACUCCUGGCCCGCCAACUCCUGCACAGCCAGCAACCCCAGGUACUUUCAAGUGGGAGAAGCCUUAUCAGCCAACUGCUCAAACGCCUGGCCGCCCAAUGCCUCCACAAGUGCCUGUGACCUCAGGACAACCUACGCCUGGUCAAGCGCAGCCUCAUGGACAGACGCAGCCAAAGGGGCAGCUGGUUGCACCGAUGCAUUCAACCCCCGUAAAGGGCCCACCGGAAGGGUCUGCAAUCCAACCCCCGGGUCGGCCGAUCUCCACGACGCCGAUUGCCCCUCCGGUCCGACCUCAACCCGCACAACAUCAACAGAGCCAUCCCACAGCCGCUCAUCCUCCUCAACCUCCUCAGCCUCCACAACCACCGCAACCGCCAACGGGCUACCAACCACCUCCCCAACGGCCCCUGGCUGCAUCACCUACGCCGCCAUCCGGUCCUCCAGCACCAAAUGCAGGUGCUGCAACGAGAUGGCCUCAGUCGCAACCACCACCUUAUGCGCAGCAGCAGUUUAGUCCCACGCCUGCUCCCGUUCAGCCUCCCAAAGCGGCCGAGAACCAAAAGCGUGUCACUUCUCCCUUCGUUAAACAGCAGCCACACACUGCCAUUCCAGCUCAUCUGGCUCCGCAGCUUGCAACGCCAACACCGCAAAGAUCCGCAAGCACGCCCAUUCCACCGCCGCAAACUCCUGUCACUGCGCCUCCCAACUUCCUGAUCACGGGCUCCGGAACCAAGUGGACGAAUAAAGCUACACCUUCCACGCCUCGACCGUCCGGAAGGGAAAUUCAAAGCCCCGCUUAUGAGCCGUUGAGCCCGCCUCAGCAGCCGGCUCCACUGCCCACAUCGACACCUUCUCAACCAUCGAAGAAGUCUAGCCCGAAGCCGGUCACAAAGCCCGAGACGAAGACGCCUAGAGGUCGCGGCCGGCCUCCCCGCAGUGCAAAUAAGAUUCGGGCUGGCAGCACGCCAUCCUCAGUUGUUGGCGUGCCGCGUAGGAGCCAGUCAGUCGCUUCUCAAACGGACGAGCUUUCCAUGGACCACGUUGAUCUGGCACCGAGAGUUAAGGACGAGAAUGCCACUCCCAGGGUGACGCCCAGGGCUACGCCCAAGCCGCACGACGAGACCGGAGAUACGACUGCAGAUGAAAGUGUAGCCAGUCGCAGAAACUUGAUUACACCCAGCGGCGUGGCGUCCCGAUUGGCCCAUAAGCGCAAGCGACAGGACACGCCGACAGACCUACCUGCAGCGCCGCCAACCACCGUAAGUUGGACGCGCCAGUUUGGUCGUGUCAGUGCCGCCGCUCUCGAUCAAAUUUCAGCACACAGAUUUGCCAAUCAGUUCGCGAACCCAAUCCGUGAACGCGACGCCCCUGGCUACAAGGGUUUAAUCUUGCAGCCUCAAGACAUUAAAUCUAUUCGGGCAGCGAUUACUCACGGUAACCGGGCAGCUACGGAAGCCGCCAAGGCUCUUCCAGACGGAGACCCAGGCACGGGCACGGUCAUCCUGCCCAUUGGCGAUGACUUGGUCCCCCCCAAGAGCAUCAUCAACAGCGCACAGCUUGAGCGGGAACUUUUCCAUAUGUUCUCAAACGCCGUCAUGUACAAUCUGAAUCCCAGCCGUGGGCCAGGACCGUCCUUCGUGAGGAUGGAAACCUCGGAAGGAGCAGACGCCCUGGGAUAUGAGGUUGAUGAAGAUGCCGUGGUUCGGUCGACAAGGUCGAUGGCUGGAGAGGUCGAGAAGAUCAUAGGAGAGCUCCGUAAUGCAGAGAAGGGUCGCUCAGGACAAGAUGCGUCGACUUCUGGCAACACCAGACCGGCUAGUGUCGCCACCGGUGAAGAUACGCCGAUGGCCGAGGACAAUGAUGCGGACGAGCUGGCUGGAGAAGCGGAUAUUGCUUCAACGACGCGCAGAAGACGCGUGGGUACCAGGAAUUGA